CCGGAACAGAACGAAGGAGAGACGUCUGAGGUUGGAGAUCUGCGGCUACAGAGCUUCAUGAGAUGAGAUCCAUCAUGGCAUCUGUGGAAACUCUGCUCUGGGUUGGAGUCUGGAUGUCUGCUUUCAGCAUCACCACUGCAGAUGACUCUGCUCCCAAACCAGAGAAUGUGAGGUGGAUGUCUCUGGACUUUACCACAAUUCUCACAUGGACAGCCCAACCAUCAAGCCACAGCUUCACUGUCCAAUACGCUAUAGAUAACAGUGACUGGACUGAGAGUCAAGACUGCAUCAGAAUACCAGAAACAAAAUGUGAUCUGACUGAACAUCUCAAAUAUUAUGACAGGUCCUUUAGUGCUGAUAUUCAGACAGAACAUCCAGAUGUGUUGGACUACGACGUGGAGAAUUUACCUCACACCUAUUCCCCGCCGUUUAACCCCUACAGAGACAGUAACAUCAGUGCUGCUGAGUUCUCCGUGAAGCAGCUGAAUGAAACCACGGUCCUCGUGAACAUCACCGAUCCGCUGACGGCCAUCCACAAAAAAAACAAGCAGCUCACCAUCAGAGACAUCUUCCAAAAUGAUCUCCAGUACAAGAUCAGCUAUUACAAGUCUCAAAGCACCAGAAAGAGAGACAUCGAAUCGCUCACCAGCACGGCGGAGAUUUCAGGCCUGGAUCCAGGCCAGAGUUACUGCUUCAUGGUGGCAGCCUACAUCCCGUCCAGAGCCAAACCCAAUCAGAACGGAGCCUCCAGCUUGGAGCAGUGCACAGAGGGAGGCGGGGGCAUCCUGCAAGAACUGAGCGCCGGAGCCUGGGUCGGAGUGAUCUUCCUCGUCGUCAUCCUCAUCAUCAUCCUUGUCACAGUGAUCACUCUGUGCUGCAGAAAGACCAACAGAAACAAAUCUCUACAGUCGACUCAGUUAUCUGCACCUGUUUAGGGUGUGCUGGUUAUGGCUCGUAUUCUAGCACCAGAGACGGCCCUUUCACUGUUUCCCUGCUCCCCUUGUGCUUCAGGAAAAACAGAUCAGUGAUGCUUUGAGAUUCAGGCCUCAAUUAGAGGCUUAGCAUCACCUCCCUCACUGUCUGCUUAAGUUAUCUUUUUGUCCUUGUAGACUUUUUUUUAACUGUUUGUACAAUAAUGUGCUGAAAUAAAUCUGGAAAUAUCCACUGA